CCAGCAUGUGUGUACCAGGUGGUUUUCAGUAUAUCAGUGUAAAAAUGUAUAUCUAAUCCUUUAGAAUUAUAUUUGAAAAAUUGGUUGAUAUAAUUGUAAAAUAGAAUAGAUGGUUAACGACACCCCAACUCGAAAAAUACAUCGGCUAUUGGGUGUCAAACUAUAGUAAAAUGCAAAACUAAAGUUAUGAACCACAUCAAUAUAACAAUUCAACAGUUAAUGAUUAACCAUGAAGUCCAGCACUAUUUGGCAGAUACUUGUGCUUACAGGUAUUCUAACAAAACAUUCAUCUCAAGGUAACAAGGUGUGUCCAAUAGAAACAACAACGAAAUAUAGUAAUUUUCCAUUGGUACACAUGUGUGAAGAUGCAACUAUCAGUGGUGUUACAGGGUUCUUUCUUGACGCGUUCGUACCUGCCAAUACAACAACCACCUGUAACUGUUCACUUGAGACAAACUAUGACAUUCAGAUUGGUAUUAAUAUUAUUAAACAUCCAGACGAAGGCUGUCAAUCAGAAUUCAGUAUACUGGUAGAUGAGUCACAGCGGACAGUAAUUCAUAACUGCAGUAAUGUAAGACCUAUCACCAAUUUUCAACAGAUUAUUAAACCUGGAGCCAUCCUCAUGAAGCUGAAGACGGUGGCUGGGCACCAAGACACGGCGUACUGCAUGCAAAUAUACAAUGCAGCUGCUUCAGGUAGAGAAUCUUGUUGACACAUUUGAUUUUCCAGAACAUAAAAGUUGCGAUACUUUCAUAUGCGUGCAAGCCCGGUUAGCAAUACCUAGAAUACAGCUAUUGUUUUGA